AUGACCGACUACGGCUAUGGCACAGGCGACGAAGAGCUGGCCGAAGUCAGGAAGCUCGAACUCGAUGUUCAAGCCAGCCCGGACGAAUUCGAGAAUUGGGAAAAGCUGGUUCGCGCAGUAGAAGGUCUUGAGGGUGGUCUGAACAGAAACUCGAGUCCUCAAGCCAUCACAGCCGCCAGAAGCAUCUACGACCGCUUCCUGGCAAAGUUCCCCUUGUUCUUUGGAUACUGGAAAAAGUACGCCGACCUAGAGUUUGCCAUUGCCGGCACCGAGGCCGCCGAGAUGGUCUACGAACGCGGUGUGGCCAGCAUUGCCAUCUCAGUCGACCUCUGGGCCAACUACUGUAGCUUCAAGGUCGAGACGACACACGACGACGCCAUCAUUCGAGAGUUGUUUGAACGAGGCGCCACUUGUGUUGGUCUGGACUUCCUAUCUCACCCUUUCUGGGACAAGUACAUCGAGUUUGAAGAGCGACUCGAGGCCCAGGACAAGGUCUUUGACAUCCUCGCCCGCAUCAUCAACAUUCCCAUGCACCAGUACGCGCGCUACUUCGAAAAAUACCGCCAACUGGCAGCUUCUCGUCCGUUGGCCGAGCUGGCACCAUCAAAUCUCCUCAAUCAAUUCACUGCCGAGCUCGAGCCUGAGACGAAGGGAAAGAGCCAGAUUGAAGUGGAGCGCGCCAUCCGCGCUCGCCUCGAUACCUACCACCUCGAACUCUUCCACAACACCCAAACCGAGACGACCAAGCGCUGGACCUACGAACAAGAGAUCAAGCGUCCGUAUUUCCACGUCACCGAACUCGACGAAGCCCAAAUCGAGAACUGGUCAAAGUACCUUGAUUUCGAGGAGAGUGAGGCCGACUACACCCGCAGCGCCUUCUUGUACGAGCGCUGUGUCGUUACGUGCGCGCACUACGACGAGUUCUGGCAGAGGUAUGCCCGCUGGAUGUACAACCAGGAGGGCAAAGAGGAGGAAGUCCGCAAUAUAUUCCAGCGCGCCAGCUGCAUCUAUACCCCCAUCGCCAGACCUGCCGUUCGUCUCCACUGGGCGCUCUUCGAGGAAGCUUGCGGCAGACCGUCUGUUGCUGCUGCAAUCUACGAAGCCAUUCUUGUCACCUUGCCUGGAAACCUCGAAGCCAUCACUCGUCUGGCCAACCUCCAGCGUCGUCAAGUUGGUUAUGAAGCCGCUGUCCAAGUUUAUGACCAGUAUCUCGCUGAUUCCGAAUGCUCGAUUGACGACAAGGGCGCACUUGUUGUAGAGCUGGCUCGACUGGCCUGGAAGUCCAAGGGUGAUGCUGUCGAAGGACGCGAUAUUCUCUCACGUCAGCAGCACAUCUUCCUUGAUAGCCCGUCCUUCUGGGCAGGCUACCUCCGCUUCGAAAUUGACCAACCGACGACUUUGGAGACUGCAGCCGAACAAGCCGAGCGCUUGAAGGCGCUUCACCACACCAUCCGACAGAAGACUCGUCUGAACGCAGAUGUUGUCGGAGACCUUUCUCAAAGAUAUAUGGGCUACCUGACUGAAAAGCAGAGUAAACUCGCAGCCAGAGAGUAUCUCGACCUUGACAUGCAAGUCAAUGGCCCUGCCUCGGUCUCCACAGCCGGCAACGUUGUUGGCGCAAAAGGAGCAGCAGCUUAA